AUGUUAAAGAGGAACAGAGACAAAGAACCUGUGUCCGGCAAGAACAAGAGGAAUGCAGAGUGCACGUCUCAUUCAAGAGAGCUGACGCAUAAUGAUUACACUGUGGGAUGGGUCUGCGCGCUGCCAAAGGAGCAAACCGCAGCAACGGCAAUGCUAGAUCAGAUACACUAUGAUCUACCGAAGCCGCCAACUGAUCACAACACAUACACUUUAGAAUCCAUUGGGAGGCACAACAUUGUCAUAGCCUGCUUACCGAAAGGCAAGUACGGCACUAAUUCAGCAUCGGCAGUCGCGACCCGGAUGGUUGGCACUUUCCCGUCCAUCAAGGUCGGCCUUAUGGUUGGAAUUGGCGGCGGUAUCCACCGAAGUACGCCGGUUGAUCAGUUUCCUGGAGUGGUCCAGUGGGAUAUGGGCAAGGCAGAAGAGGGUGGUAGCUUCAAAAGAACCGGUGCCCUGAAUAAUCCCCCGAGCGCGCUGCUGACGGCAUUGACAAAACUGGAGACCAAACAUGACAUGUGCGGGUCAAAGAUACCUCAAUAUUUAGACGGCAUGGGAAAAGAUGGCCAAGACUAG